AUGCUUCCUCUCCUUUUCUCCCUUUCCCUUUCUCCCUCCACCUCCCCUUCCUCUCUGUUCUCCUUUCUUCUCUUCCAUCUUCCCUUUCCUCUCCUCUUUUCCUCCCUCCGUCCUCCCUCCUCCCCCUCUCUUACCCCCCUUACUCUUACGCCACCCUUCUUCUGUUCCCUCGCCUCCUCGCUUUCCUUCCUCACCUUCUCUUCCCCCCACUUUUUCUUCUUUACUCUUCUCUACCUCUCCCCUCUCACUUCCCGUACUUUUUUUUUUCCCUUCCUUUUCUCUACACCCCGUCUUUCCACUUACACCCUUCUAUCACCCUCACUCCUCCUAACCCCUCUCUGUUCCCCUCCUCUUAUCCCCCUUCUUCUCCCCUCCCUUCCUCUCUCCUUUCCCCACGCUUCCCUAUUCUUUUCACUUUCUCUCCCCACCUCUCUCCCUCCUCUCUUUCCUGUGUCUAACCUCUUUGCUUCCCUUUCCCCUCUGCACUCUACCUUCCCUCCCAACUCUCCCUUCUCCCUUCCUCUCCUUCCUUCCUCUCUUGCUUUUACUCCUCUUUCCCCUCUCCUUACCUCUCCUCUUCUCCUUUCCCCCCCUCUUAAACUCCUCACUUUCUCUCCCCUCGCUCUUUUCUACGUCUCAUCUAUUUUACCUUUCACUCGCUUCUUCCUCCCCUCCCUCAACUUCCCAUUAUCUUUCUCCCUCCUUUCUUCCUCUUUUGUCUUCUUCCUCCCUCUCCUUCACACCCACCCCGUGCUCCUUCUCCCACCGCUUCUUCUCUCUAACUUCCUCUGCCCUUCUCCUUCUUCUUCUCGCUCCCUCUUCCCUAAACCCUCUUCUUUCUCUCUCCCCUUUCCUCUCCUCCUUCCCCUUCCUCACUUCCUUUUCUCACUCCUCGUCCCUCCCCUUUAUCUCUCCUGCGCCUUUCCUCCUUCCUUCUACUCUUCCUUCAGCUUUCCCCUCCCUCGUUCGCAUCUCUCACCCCACCCACCCUCCCAUCUGUCUUCGCUGGUCUACCGACCUCAUGGACCCUUGAUCCCCGGUCUGGCCUACUCCGUCCACCGACUCUCCUCCGUCUUGCACUACCUUUACUCACCCUACACGUCUCGCGUCCUUCAUUCCCUUUACCCCUUCCUUUCGCCUCCCUCUCUCUCUUUCGUCUCUUUUGUCUUCUUCUCUCUCCUCGUCUCCGUCUCCUUCUGA